AAGAAUCGAUUAUAACGAUAAUCGCUUCUCUCCCAUAACUCUCUCUCUCUCUCUCUAGUUUUUUUUUUUUUUUUUUCACCUUGGCUCCAUGGUUCCGAAGCUCACACUAGCGGCACCUCAUGAAGCCGAAAACCAAAUCGAACUAUCUCUGAAACAAUCCUUUGAGUCUCUAGAACCUUCUUUGAAACCACCCUUCUCUUUAACCAUUCCAAAACCCGAUGAAUACACUCAACUGAAUCAUGCAAUCCUUCACGCCAUUCUCACCCAACCCCAAUUCGCCAAAACCCACAUUAAGCACUUACACGCCGUUGUAACUGACGGUUAUGCCACCUUCGUCAAUUUGCUCCUCAAAAUCAUCCACCACCUCUACCCGAAGCUCCUUGGUUCGGUGAAAAACCAGUUGCUUUGGGUCACCAAUGAAAUGGUUCGUGUCUCGGGGAUUGGUUAUGAUGCUCUAUUGAUUUCCCUUAUGAGGCAUAUCGUUGGUGGUGAUUUCAGUGAUGAUAAUUUGUGGCUUUGUACUAAAUUGGUGACCCUUUUGUUGGAUAAAUGGGAUUCUUUGUUGGAAGAAGCAUCCCAUGUUUUGUGCAGUGGUUUGUAUGUGUUUCUUCGUGUUUUGGCUGAUCAUUGUAGGCUUAACGGUGAAAAGUUUGAGUCUUUGAAACAUUUGGAGGUUAAUUUUUGUGUGAAGAUAGUGAGGGAAGAGUUUCACUUGUGCUUGAAAAUUGGGAGGGAUUUUAUUCGGUUGUUGCAGGAUUUAGUUCAUGUUCCGGAGUUUAAGUCUAUAUGGAAAGAUCUAAUGUUGAAUCCAACUAGGUUUAAUACUUUAGGGUUUAGUAGUGUUUCUCAGAUUUAUUGUACUAGGACUUCGAGUAGGUAUGCUUUGCUUAGGAUCACUCCUGAAAUGGAGACUCAAUUGCGGUUUUUGCUUACUCAUGUGAAAUUCGGGCAUCAAAAGAGGCAUUUAAUGUGGUUUGCUAGGAAGUUUCUAAGUGAGCUUGAUAAAGAGACUGUUAUAGUUGACAUAGUUAGGUUUAUAUGUUGUGCACACCAUCCCCCAAAUGAGAUUAUUCAGUCGGACGUGAUUCCUAGAUGGGCUGUUAUUGGUUGGCUUUUGACAACUUUUAGGAGGAAGAAUUAUAUCGAGGCUAAUGCGAAACUAGCUUUGUUUUAUGACUGGCUCUUUUUUGAUGAAAGGAUGGACAAUAUCAUGAAUAUAGAGCCUGCUAUUUUGUUGAUGGUGCAUUCUAUUCCCCAAUAUGUGGAAAUGACCAACACUCUUCUUGAGUUUUUGUUACUUCUUUUGGACAACUAUGAUAUGGAACAUAAGGAUAUCAUUGUUAAAGGUGUUUCAUCGGCUUUUCGAUUGCUUGAAAGCAAAGGCGUGAUUCAGUCGCUUGAUGUUUUGACUUCUUGUCCUACAUUGUCCCCUUCUCUAAAAGAGAGAUUGAGUAAGCUAUUAUUAUCAUGUGGAAUUGGAAAGCUUGGAAGUUCUAAAGAAUCUCUACCAGUACCGAUUCAGCCAGGGCAACAAAUGGUGUAAUUUCUGUGAAGUUUAUAUAUCAAACCAUACUUGCAUCACUGGUUUUAAAUAACUCGUGAGCUUAGCCGAUGCUACAAGAACAAUGUCAAGAAGAGGUGAUAGUACCAGCUGUAAGUGUGUUCAAGAACCAAUUGUGUUUUUGUAGAUGAAGUGCUCCAUGUCUAGUGAGUACUAGUAAUAGCUAAACCGAACUAUACCUUAUUGAUGGCCAGGACAAUUUUCUAAAAUGAAUUAUUGAAAAAUCUUAUAAUUUUAUUAUAUCGAAAGAUUAUAGACUUAGUGUAUUUGAUGAGGCCAAAGCACAUAUGUUUAUCAUUCUAUGAUUUCCUAGUCUUCGAAAUUCUUUAACCAUGGCUCUUUGUAAAACCAUAAAGAAGAAAUGAGUGAGAAAAAAGAAAGCAUUGAAUAUGGGAGAAAUCAUUUUCAGUAUCAUAAUGAUUCUCAGGAUGGGCAAUAUCAUGAACAUAGAGCCUGCUAUUUUGUUGAUGGUGUAUUCUAUUCCCCAAAUACGUGGAAGUGACCAACACUCUUCUUGAGUUUUUGUUACUUCUUUUAGAAAACUAUGAUAUGGAACAUAAAGGAUAUCAUUGUUAAAGGUGUUUCACCGGCUUUUCGAUUGCUUGAAAGCAAAUGCAUGAUUCAGUCAAGGAUUGAGGAAGCUUGGAAGUUCUAAAGGAUUUCUGCCAAGUAUGUUCUAUUCUACCAUGGUUUCCUUCAAGUUUCUCAACUUUGUCUUUAUUCUAAAUCUAAUUUAAGGUAGCUAUGAAUAUUAUAGGAGUAUGUAGCAAGCAGUGCACGCAUAUUAAGUCCCCUUUCUUAUAAAUUCAAUUGCAAAUUAUGAUAUUAUAGGAGUAUAUAUUUUUUCCAUUAGAAAAUGUAUGUAGCAAUCUUUUGUCUGUAUUUCUAUUGCUCUUUGUUAAGAAAUGGCUGUUCAGUUGGGAAUAGAGAGUUCGCAAAUGAAAUAACUAGAUGCAUUUUUUAAGUGUGAUAAUCAGUUUCAUGUGCAGUGUGGACGUCUAGUGCAUUGAUAUUAGUAUUAGAGACCAAAUAGCAGCUACAGCUAGCUAAUCCGUUACUAUAUGAGUUUAAAAAUUGCGGUACUAUUGUCAACAGUAUCUCCGUGCAAGAUUUCUCUUUGACCUAUGAUCCAGAUUAAUAUUUCGCAUCAUAAUCUCUGAAAAUAGAUUUCAGUUUUGUUUCAUAUUCUACUGAUUUGAAUCCAGAAAUGUUGCCAUAUCACCCUCCUCCCUCUUGUCUUGAUGUGACACAUUUCACUGGUUUGAAUGUUCUCUAACUUUUUUCUAGUCUUUGGAUUUUAAAUUUUUUAAUUAAUGUUGCAAGAAGAGUAAUUUGGAUAUAACUAACAGUGUGAAGCUACUUUUCACAAAUUUUUUUUACCUGUUUUUAACUCAAGUAUCAUGAGAUUUAUCUUUUUGAAUAUCACUUGACUUCUUGAGCAUCAUUAGCAUGAAGCUUUACGCAAAUUGGUUGAUGCAGUUAUCACUAUAAGAAGCUUAGUCAGUUAGUUGAGGUUGACUUUCAAACACCAUUAUAUAUUCAAUCAAUGGUUAUCUAGAAACCAUUUUCCCAUGUGUAAACCAUAUGUGUAUGGAUAAUUUGUCUUGAAAGAGCUUUUACUUGUGCGUGAUUAAUUAAUUUAGUUAAAAAUGAGCAAUAAUAGAUCUGAUCUGAUGAUGCCUUUUAAACUUUUACUGAACUGUAUCAUCGGUUUCUUUUUGUUUUGCAUUUUGAAGAGUUGGAUUUUGUUCUUUAUUUGAUUGAUUUACCCUUUUUGUUGUUUUCAGUACUGAGUCAGCCAGGGCUGCAAAUGGUGUAAUUUCUGCAAAAACUAUGUAUCAAGAAACACUUACAAAAGGAAUGUUACCAAAUGGCUGGCUGCUAUGAGAAAAGAGAAUGCUGCUAAACAAAAUACUGCUAAGGAAACAACUCUAUGCUUAGGGAGUAUUGUGAUAGAACCAGCUGAGUAAGUAUUGAAAGUAAAACUACAUAUUGAUAGAACAGAAGGAAAACAGUCCUCACAAUGUCUUCAGGAACCAUGCCUAGAGAGUAUUGAUAAAUAAACAUUAGUUAGGGAACAUGGCAUUUGUAGCAAUAGGCUUGCAUGAUAAGCCAAAGAAUGACACAAUUCUUUAUCUUAUGAUUGUGAGAAUUUUGUGAUUAGAUAAUUAUUCCAACUUUAAUGUGUUUGUGUGAGAGAAUAUCACAAGAGCUUAUGAGCUCCUAUAAGCAGAUUUUCAUAAUCUCUACUACCAAGCUUAUGAUUCUUGUAAUAUUCUAAUUUUGUCUAGGCAAAUAAAAAAAAUAAAAAAAUAAGUGAUAAUUAUAUAUUACAUAUUACAUUUAUCAUAUUUUUGAAGCUCUUCAUAAAACCUAAAAUCCAAAAUAUGCUUUUAUUUCAAUUAUUAAUCUUUAAUUUGUCCUAUUGUGAAACUAAUUUGUCCUAUGGUCAAACAUUUGACCUGCUCCUGCAUUAGACACAAGCCAAGCUAGUACCACCCCAAAUGGAAAAUUACAGAAACACUUUAGUAAAGAAAGAUAGCAGCAAGUAGCAAGUAGCAACAUAUCUUACACGGAAAGGGAAAUGACAUAAAAGCUAAACCGUAGCAUAGGAUACUUUGAGGCAUUGACCAUUCAACAUAAAGGAUCUUAACCUAAUUUUGGAGUAUAAAUAGAAUGAAAAAUUCAGAGGCUGCUGGAGAGAAGAGAAGAGAAGAGAAAAGCAAAAAA